AUGGAAGGAAUUUUAGAUAACGAUUGUAAUAACAAUAAUUUAAUAGAAGUAAAAAUCAACACAGAUGUAAAUACACAAGAAGUUUCUCAAAAGUCCAUUAAACCACAUAAUGGAAAAUCUAUAAAAACAAUAAUUUGUUCACCAAACUUAAAAUAUGUUGCAACCUUUAGUGAAGAUGAUAAUUCAAUUGUUGGAUGGUUAGUUGAUGAUGUACAUUUGAAAAAUGAUAGAAGAUUAGAACCAGAAACAUUUUUUAGUCCUUCCAAUGUAUCACAACAAAAUGGUCAAUCAUCAAAUAUACCAAAGAUAACUUCUAUAAAAACAGUAUCUGACCAAAAAUUUAUUGUUUUUGAAUCUAAUCUAGAUAGUUGUUAUUGUUUAUUUGAUUUAGUAAGUAAACGACAUAUUAAAUUAUUGAAUCAUCAAAAAAAAAUUGAUUACCAACACCCAACAUUUUUAACAAAUGGAGAUCUAUUUGUAAUUUCAUAUGAGAAUGAUCAAAUUUAUUUAUUUUCAUUGAAUUCAAAUGAAAAAAUCAGUGAAUUAACAUGUAAAACAACAUACAGCAUAAUUUUACCAAAACUAACAGCUUUUGAUCAUAAUAAUAAUGUUGCAAAAUAUUUUGUCAUCGCAAAUUCAAAUUUAUUGAUCAACAAUGGUAUCAUGAUGGCUUCACAAUGGGAUUUAACCAAAAUGAGAUUUGAGUUGCAAUAUUUUUCAGAUAUUUCAUUACCAAAUAAUUUCUAUAAAUAUAAUGAUAAUCAUGCAAUAUUUAACAAGGAUAAGACCUUAUUAGCAGUUUAUUUAUAUGUAGAAAAACAAUUAAUUAUUUAUUCAACAGCAUAUGGAACCAAGUUAACAACAUUUACAUUUGUAAAAAUCGAAUGUGAUGAAAUGGUUUUUAUAUACACAGAAGACAACACAGAGCAUUUAUUUGUAGCAUUACAAGACGAAUAUAUUACCAACACAGUCAUUUAUAGAUUCAUGGAUCCAUAUAAUUUAAAUAAUUUUACUGAUAUAACUGAAAUUUAUACAAAGUAUUUAUUUAAAGAUAAUCUAAUUAAAAAACAUCACAAAAAAAAAUUAGAAAAAAAUAAAGUAAUUAAAGUAAUGGAUAAUAAUUUUAUUUUUUUACAAGAAAUUAUAUCAAAAGAAAUUAAAUUGCCAAAUUCACACCUAAAGAAUUUCAACCAUUUAUUUUUAUCACCAUUUAUACUGGAGAAUCAUUAUGAUAAAGAAUCAGGUUAUUUGAAAUUAAAACAUUUAGGGGCUAAGUUAGAUGAAUAUGAUUAUUUUGAACAAUGCACCCAUUUCUUAUUAAGGUGUAAAAUAUUAGAAAAUGAUGAUUUAUUAUUAAUCACAAGAUUAGGUAUGAUGAUAUUUUCAGUGAAUCUUAAUGAUAAAAUUUAUUUAAAAUACUUUUGGAAUGAUUGUAUUGAACAAGAGAAAAAACAUUGGAUGAGACAUACAAGUGACAAACAAUAUAUUAAAGGUAGAAUUUUAAAGGGGUUUGACAGCUUUAAAACCUCAAAUAAAUUACCUUCACCUAAUUAUGACCAAACUUGUAUUAGUGAGGUUACUUCAGGGCAAUCAUUUUCUGAAGGCUUUGCCAACUUUAAAAAAUUAAAUAGAUUACCUUCACUUAACUAUAAUUAUAUCUUUGAUAAUUAUAACCAAUCUUAUGCUGGUGGAAAUAACAUUUCAAGGCAUCCAUUCAGAGAUAUGUUAUUAGCAAUAUUAGAAGAUAUUUCUUCGUUUACAAUGUUUGCUGAUGAAAUCUUAAUAUGUGCUUUAAAUAAUCAUAAAGGUUCAAUAGUAGAACUAGUUUGUGAUAAAUGUCUAAAUUUUUUACAACAAAAUCCUGAAAUGAAUCUUGGAUUAUUAACAUUUUUAGUAAACAAAUUACCAAAAUUAAGUAAACAUUAUCCUGGGGUAGUAAAGAGAUUUCUUGAGCAAACGUCAAUGUUAUUGGAUCCUUCUUGUGAAAAAAUCUUUAUAUCAGAUUUGCCAAGUCAUUAUGGGCUUGAAGAAAUACAUCAAAAAAUCCAAUCUAUAGAUAAAAAUAAAGACAAAUAUGAACAUCCUCCUAUAAUCUCAGACAAAUUACGUGAAUUAGUAGGAAUUCCUGUACAAAAAUUUAAAAAGGAUUUGUCAAAACAAUAUGAAGAAAUCAAGAAUGAUUUUAAAAGUUUACAAGAAAAUUAUGUGGAAUUAAAAAAUCAAUUGGAUGCUAAUAAUAAAUUCAUGGCUGAUCAAUUGGAAAAAAAUAAUGAAAAAAACAGAAAAUUUGUAACUAGUCAAUUCAGACAAAGUAACGAUUAUCUCAUUGAAACACUUACAAAUCAAACUUAA